AUGUGGACGAUGAAGGAGGACAUUGUCCCUGUUGCUCAAGCGGACUCUUCUGAGAAACCCCUCGCCGAAGACCUCUCUGCCGCUUGGUCAUACGAGCCACUACAUCCAGAUCAGCUGCGCUGGUAUUGGAACAAGCAGCCAUUCUCCUUGAAAGCUGUGUACCAGACAGAUGUCCAGCACAGGGCACACCUGCAGCGCUUUGGGGAUGCCGACAACCUCACUCUGGAAAAGACCUACAGGGAACGACUGGAUCAGCUGGAGAGGGCAUGGUGGGAGGAGGAGGCAGAGCUCAGCACAGGGCUGGCAGAGCAUGGGCAGGGCGGCAGCUCCUCAGACACAAAUGCCAAGGAAGAGUGCGGGUCCAGCAACUGGCAGGCAUUUGUGGCUGGGGAGGGGCAGGGGGAGGCGGUGGGGGAACUGGUGCGCGGGGGGCUCUAUGAGGUGGACAUGAUGCGGCGGCGCAUGCGUUGCGUGUACUGGCCCGAGCAUGCACACCGCGUGCACCGAGGCACCUGGUUCAUGGAGAAGGGCACUGAUUGGGUCCCCCUCAAGGAGACGGUGGCGGAUGAGUUGGAAGAGGGGUACCGAGGGGAGAUAUGGAAUCCUGCCAGGGGCCAUGUGCAGCAGCAGAAGCAGGGGAUUGAGGCUGCGCGCCUGGAGCUGCGCUCCCUUAUCAACGAGACAAAGGGCAUGUAUGCGCUCUUUGUGAGCAGCCAGGAGAUGUACCUGUGCAGGGACAACUACUCGGCAUGGAUAUCAAGGAGUUGGAGCAGCAAUCCGGCCAUCGGUGUGCGGCUGCGCCGCGGCUACGAGGCUCCAGCUGCUGGGGCGGUGGAGGUCGACGUCAAGGCCGAGGAGGCCGACAAUUUUGCGGCGCGUGUGCCCGUCAACCGGCUGGUCUUUGUCGUGCACGGCAUCGGCCAGAACCUGAGCGGCAGCAACAUAGGGGAGGAUGCGAGCAACGUGCGCAACAAUCUGCGCGCGCUGGCGCUCACGGAUGUGGACGAGAAGGAACGCGAGGCCGGCCGCACUGAGGUCCUGCCCGUGCAGUGGCGCAAGCACCUCAACCUCGACAUCGACGUGCUGGCGGAUGCGCUGAUGCCGCCGGGGGUGCGCAGCCUGCGGAGCAUGCUGCACGCGACUGCAGUUGAGGUGCUGCUGUACCUGACGCCGCUGCACUGCCACGACAUGCUGCAGUCCCUCGGGAGUGUGUCUGUAAUGGCGCACUCGCUGGGCAGCGUGCUCUCGUACGACGUGCUGUGCAACCAGCCGCAGCUACACGCCGCCCUACACCUCCACCAGCCGCCAUCCCAGUCACCCGAGGCCAUCCAGCAGGCCAAACGAGCCCGCCUAUCCCCCAUUGACACCCAGGGCUUAGAAUUUGGCGACAGGCCGGCAGGGAGCAGCCCCACGUCUGGCAUGGGCAGCUCUGGAAAUAGGGGACCCCUCAGCGGCAGCAUUGACGCUGACCUCACUGACCUCUCCUGCAUGCUCACCCCCAUCGGCCAAGCCAGGUCGCCCACAGACUCCUCCAGGGAAGAGGAGAGGCGGCUGCGGGCAGAGAAUGCGCGGCUAAGGAGGGAGCUUGCCCUGGCGCAUGCGCAUGCAGAGCGCGCUGCCAUGGGGGCCGCUGCCGGCACCAGCGGCCAGCCGGUGCCUGCCAGGGGCGCCUCACCCACAGGAAGUGACCAGUAUGCAACGGCGGCAGCCGCGCAGGAGGCUGCGCACCUUGCCCCUGCAGUGCAGAUCCCCUCCCUCGACUUCAGCGUAGAUCAGUUCUUCUGCAUAGGAUCUCCGCUGGGCCUGUUUCUGGCGCUGAGAAAGGUGGACCCUGGCAAGGGGCGGGGCCUGGGCACGCGCACAGCCGCCGCGCUGAUGCCGGGAGCGCCGGCGCAGCAGGGCCACGGCGACGGGCUGCCGGCCGUGCAUCGCAUGUACAACCUGUACCACCCCUUUGACCCUGUUGGCUACAGGCUGGAGCCGCUAGUGAUACCCGGCGCUGAGAAGCGGCGGCCGGUGUUUGCGGCGUACGCCAAGGGCGGCCGGCGGCUGCACGUGGGCCUGCAGGAGUUUGGCGAGGAUGUGAGCGCAGCCAUGAGCGCCGGCGCGGCCAAGGCAUCCUCCGCACUCUUCUCCGGCAUCUCUUCCCUCAAGCUUGGCGCCUCCUUUGUUGCCAACGCCGUUACCAUCAAACGUGUCGACCCACGAGAAACCGAGGGGCUGAAGGAGGAGGAGGAGAGCAACGAGCAGGACGCGGCGGACAACGAGGCGCUGCAGAACACAUCGCACGGCCUCAAGGACACCGCCAUCUGGCGCCUCACCGACGGGCCCGGAGCGCCGCCCGACGUGGCUGCUCGCACCCCCGUCGCCAACCGCACCGCAGCCGGCCGCCUGGAUUUCGUGCUUCAGACGGGCCCCACGGAGAACCCGUGGCUGAGCGCCAUCAGCAGCCACUUUUCAUACUGGACAUCCGCGGACACGGCAUUGUUUGUGCUGCGCGCUCUUCAUGGUCUCGACGUGCGCCAGGGGAUCUCCAAGGAGGUCGCCGCCAGCGCAAUAUCUCCCCUGGGAUCUCCUACUGCUGCGGCCGCACAGCCCGCCUGA